CGGCGCUGCCCCGUCUCAGGCAUGGUCGCCGCGCUGUAGGAGGGCUGGGAGCCGCGGCGAUGCCAGGCGAGGAGCCGCUGGAGGAGAGCGCUUGAGCUUGUCUGGGGAUACCUUCAGUGUGUGUGAAACGUAGCCAUGGUGUCAUGGAAAGGGAUAUACUUUGUACUUGCACUAUUCUUGGGAAGUUUUUUUGGAAGUAUAUUCAUGCUCGGUCCUUUUCUACCUUUGAUGUUUAUCUCGCCGGCCUGGUAUCGCUGGAUCACUGAUCGUGUUGUGGCCACUUGGCUCACGCUCCCAGUGGCCUUGCUGGAGAUGGUGUUUGGUGCCAAGGUGGUUGUCACUGGUGAUGGAUUUGUUCCUGGAGAAAGGAGUGUCAUUAUCAUGAACCAUCGCACACGAAUGGACUGGAUGUUCCUGUGGAACUGCCUGCUGCGAUACAGCUACCUCAGACUUGAAAAAAUCUGUCUCAAAUCCAGUCUCAAAAGCAUUCCGGGAUUUGGCUGGGCGAUGCAGGUUGCUGCCUUUGUUUUCAUUCAGAGAAAGUGGGAAGAUGACAAGAGUCACUUUGAAAAAAUGCUGGAUUAUUUCUGUGACAUUCAUGAACCACUACAACUCCUCAUCUUUCCAGAAGGAACUGAUCUCACAGCCAAUACCAAAGCCCGCAGUAAUGAAUUCGCUGAAAAGAACGGACUUCAAAAAUACGAGUACGUCUUACACCCGCGAACUACUGGAUUCACUUUUGUGGUGGAGCGUCUAAGGGAAGGUGACAAUCUCGAUGCUAUCCAUGACAUAACUGUGGCAUACCCCCAAAACAUUCCUCAGACGGAGAAGCACCUUUUGAAUGGAAACUUCCCAAAGGAGAUUCACUUCCACGUCCAGAGAUAUCCCAUAGAGACAGUGCCCACUUCUAAGGAGGAGCUGCAGCUUUGGUGCCGGAAGCGUUGGGAAGAGAAAGAGGAGAGGCUCCAACACUUCUAUGAAGGUGGAAAAUGCUUCAGUGCUUCAGGGCAAAGCAUUGUUCCACCGUGUAAAUCUGAGCUCAGGGUCCUCGUGGUUAAGUGCAUCUCGCUCCUGUAUUGGACGGUGUUCCCACUGGGUAUGCUUGCACUGCUGUACCUGUACAGCUUCGCACGAUGGUAUUUUGCAGCCAUGAUCAUCUUUUUUGUUGUGCAGCAAAAGAUAUUUGGUGGGCUGGAACUAAUUGAACUCUCUUGUCAUCGAUACUUUAAAAAGCAACAGAAAUUUCACGACACGAAAAUAAAAACCGACUAGUUCUGGGGUAGAGAAAGACGUAAAAAUGGGUGGGUUUGAGAUGUCCUGCAAAUUUUACGCACAGGGAAGAAUUUUUGCAUGAGAACUGUCUUUUACUAUCGCCAUUGUUAGACAUUUGCACUUGAUUCUGUGAAGAGAAAGAAAAAUGUUAGUUAUUGCUACAUGUGAAAAUGGUAGUUUUUAUCUCUGAAUGUAAUUUCAACAUUGCUCUUGCAAGCAGCUAGCAACUGCAUUCUGCUGUAAUUAAGAAACAAAUUGCUGGGUUAUUGAACAAUCGUAAGGACGUUAAUAAAUGUGACACGAACUGAACUUUCAUAUGGAAACCCAAACUGUCCAGCUAAGAGAGACAGAUGGCUAAUCACAUUGUCAUAAAGUGAGCACCGGAUUUGGAAGGCUGGUAAGUCUUUAACGAUGUUUUGGUGGUAGGUGGAAGUUGGAGGAGAAGUUGUUCAGUUUCUUUUUUCUAUUUCAGUAUUCAAGCUUAUUUUAAAAUAAUGUUUUCAUGUAAGCUUUUCCAAACACUACUGAACUUACCACUAUUCAACCAGUCUGGCUUGGUCACUCAGAAGGAUUUUUAAGCCUUGCAGUCUUGUGUUGUAGUACAGAAAACAGUGCUGGCUCUGCCUCCAUUUAAGUCUUAACUGAUUAUUUAGUAGACCUAUGCAGCUAAGUUUUGAUUUCUCACUGUUUCAUACUGUUUCGGUCUCCCUGUUAGCUGUGGGAGACUUGUUCCUACUGUAGUAUACAGAGCUGCAGGAUAGGGGAGCUAGUUUUUUGUUGUUUUAUUGGUGUUUUUUUCUCUAGAGGCAAAAAAUAAGUGUCUGUCUGAGUAUCUGGCAAAUGUUUUUCAGAAAGGUCACCUUUAGACAUUACUUGAUUGAAAACAUUUUAUUUAUUUUUCAGAGUAGGCAAGAUAUCUUUUUUUUCUGAAGCAUUUAUUUUGGUUUUUACAUUGCUUCCUUAGGCAUUUCAAGUGUCCGUAUAGAUAAGCAGGAAGACUGCUUGUUCCAUGCAUGUCAGCCAGACCUGUUGAAAUGCAUCUGAUGCAAUGGUUGUCUCCUUAAAGGUACAAGAGAUGGGUUUCAGACCUACCACAGCACAGGGAAAUUGAGCUACAUCUUCCCUUUGCAGUAUUCUCUUUGGUUGCCUGAUGACAUCAUUGCAUUUCCAACCUCCUUCGCAAUUUUUGGGGGUUCUUUUGGGGCUCCUCCUUUAACACUUUCCCUUUAUUUUAUGACAUUCAGAAAAUCUGAAGGCUUAAACUCAGACAAGGCACUUUCAAAUGUAUUCCUUGUCAUAUAUAACACAAGCAAUGUUCAUGCUCAUAUAGUAAGAGACGUAAACAUUGCCAGCAUUUAGGAGACUCUUCAGGUUAGAUUUGUUUGUCAACCUCAAGAAUGUUAGACCACUUGAUCAACUGUAUUGCUGCAAAACCUUCCUGACUUACUAACUAUUUGUUGUUUAUCGCAUGAAGGCACGUUUGAGCUAAACCGAGAUGGCCUGGCUCCAUACGUUGAGUGGCAUUGCCACGAGAUGUAAAAGUACAGAGUGCAAAAUGUGUCUUGUACUGUGCUGAAUAUCUCAAGCAUUGGGUCGGCAUGGUAGACAUAUCUGUUUUCUUCUAACUUACAACACUAAACAUGUUGUCUAAUGUGUUUGUAUCAAAGGCCAUUUUUUGAAUGAAUCACCAGCCUCUAUUCAACUGUCCCUUGCAAGGUGACAGGUAUUUUUUAAUCUAUGCUUAUAAUAACUAAUUGUUUAUUAUGCAGAAAGUACUUGAAGCCAUCCAUUUUACUCUAAUUUUUUUAAUCCCUUUUUCCUUAAAAAUAAAUAAAACUAGGUUUAUAUUUAGGGUUAUGUUUCUUAAUGAUUUUUUCAUAUUUCUAUCUGAGUACCUGAAGACUGACAACUGGUGUUUCAUUGUCACGAGUGGAAAGAGGUCCUGUCUGUACUAUGAGGACUUUUUUUAACCUAAUUCUGUGAUAUCAAAGGCGUGGUUGCAGCUUAUAUCUACAUAGCCUGGCUUUUCUUCAUGUAAUACUCUGCUUUGGUGCAGUUCCCUGCACAACCAGGUAACUGGCCGCAAGAGAGAACCUUAAAAACCUCAUUUAUGGUUAAUGCAGAGGAGAACUAAAGGGUUCUUCUAGCCCGUCCUGAGCCACGGCUGUGCUUUCACACCAGGAGUAACCAUGGCCAGCCUACUCCAAUAGCCUUAACAUAGUCUUCAGGAAUGACUCCAGAGGACAGGUUAUAUAUGUUGGUGACAUAAAUACCAGCUACGCUUUUGUCAGUCGUUCAGGGAACUUUGUGGUGUCAUCAAAUGUGUCAGAAACAUCAGUGUGAGUCUUGGUCGUGGAGCAGUGAAAGAUUUACGUCUGUGUGUGAUUAGAGUUGGGCUGUGAAAAUGAAAUAAGAUGCAAACCAUCGUUGACCCUUACAAGGGGUUUUCUCCCAGCUGGAGCCAAACGCAUAACCUACUGUAACGUGGUAAACAUCCUGCAAAACUGUAAUUUGUCCUCCUCUCUCAUGUAUUUGGAUUGAAGAGAAGGAAUAAUCUUCUUGUCAGCUGCUAAUGUCACAUUUGCAGUGCCUGACUCUGAUGUGGGGCGGCACAUGGUAAGUGAAGAAUCCUUCUCUCACAGGGAAGGGUGUUGGCUUUGUGACUGACGUAAAUGUUCAGAUUAUGAGCAUCAUUUUCCAGCUCAAUUAGAAAUGCAAGAUAGGGGAAAAAAAUGGAAUAAAAAGAAAAAGCUUUGUGGAUAUAGAAGCUUCUUUGUUUAAAAAGUGGUUAAGGAACUGGGGGAAGAUCUUUCUGUGAAUGCUUUUUUUUUUCCUCUUUGGUCAAAAUGUAGCUUUUUACUCAAAAGGUUCUAAUAUACAUUUUUUUUGAGACUAUUUUGCUCUUACUCUGUUUCCCUUUUCGAAGUACACUAAGAUGGCGCUUAGGGACACGGUUUGCUGGUGGACUAGGCAGUGUUAGGUUUACGGUUGGACUCGAUGAUCUUAAAGGUCUUUUCCAACCUAAAUGA